AUGUACGCAGCCAUCAGUCGACCGGAACCCAUAGAACUCAGAGACGAUUCUGAUUUCCACGAUAUUCUCUGUCCGUCCGACUCUGACCUCAUAUCCAUCUGCGGCUUCGGUUCUCUCCUCUCAGAGAGAAGUGCUAGAAGUACAUUUCCAGAUCUACUUAACUUUAGAGUUGCAAGAUUGAAUGCAUUUAGACGCGUCUUUGCUCACGUAGCUCCUAUUUUCUUUGAGCGUGGUAUCGCCAAGCCUGAAACUAAGGAGAUUUCGAGCUUGAGUGUGGAGCCGUGUGGAGGUGGAAGUCUAGUAAUUACAGUUUUUGAGAUUAAAAAAUCAGAGAUUCCUGCUUUUAUGGAGAGGGAGCUCGAGUUCCGAUUUCUAGCUGUGGUGCCUGAAACAUUGGAUGGCAAGCCAUUUGAUCGUCCGGCGGUGCUGUGUGCACGAUAUAGUGAUGAGGAGUUUUUCCAAGUCAGAUGCAAAGGAAGUAAGGAGAUUUAUUUUCAGCAUUAUGGAAGAUAUAACAUCGAUAAGAUCUGGAGAGAUGAUAUCUUACCUUGUCGUGCUUAUCUUCGGCACUGUGUGUUAGCUGCAAAGAAUCUCGGCAAUGCAUCUUACAACAAUUUUUUGGACCAAACUUUAUUUGGAGACCGCAAAACAACCAUCCGUGAGUACCUAGCUACAACAGGAGCAGGCGUAAUGGAGGAAGAGCCCCCAGAGUCCCUCAAGACACGUUAUGGUGGCUAA